AAGAUUAUGCGUCAAGUUUCCGAUCGGGCGGUCGUGUUUGUUCCCAGAGAGACAUUAGGUUUUAUUUUUUUCUUUUAACUUACAGUGGCAAAGGACGUGUCGAACAUUAAGAAUGCGCCAGUAUUUAUGCGUGUUGUUUCUAUGCCUGGGGCUUACCAACGCAAGAUGGCUGCGAAGUGCAAGGUCCACACAACCCAAGGAGACCAGCUUUGUGGGCGAAGCCACUAAUGAACUAAGCACAGCUCUUUUCCAGAGCUACAUCGAUGAUGACAAAGAUAUUGCCUUUUCACCACUUGGCUAUGCAGCUAUACUAGCCAUUUUAGCAGAGGGAGCUAAGGGUGAUACUAGGCAACAACUGGUGUCCGCCCUUCACCUUCCAGAAGAUGAGGUACUCACCCGAAAGACCUUCCGCUAUAUUAUGAAACGACUGAAAAAUACAAAUGAAUAUAAAUACAAUAAACCUGAACUCAAGAACUACUUUUACGUUUUCAAAAAUUACACAAUAAACGAGGAAUAUAAGAAAAUAUUGGAAGAGUAUUAUUUGACGGAAGUAAGGUCUGUAGAAAAAUAUGGUGAAGCUGAUCAUUCGUGCAAAGAUGAAACUUGUUUCUCGGAAGCGAAACCUAGUGAGAAUGAAGAAGAUGAUCCAGAAUUAAUGCCUAAAGAUACUGACGAAAAAUUAAUAUCUUUUGCAAUUGAUGAUAAACCUGAAAAAGUGGAUGUUACAGCUACUGAAUACAAACCCGCCAAGAACAUCAAAGAAAAGAUUAAACUAGUUAAAACAUAUUCUAAGAAACAAGAAUCAGAAGACGAUGAGGAAACCAUGGUGGCUGUAGAAGCAAGAAAUCACGCCAGAAGCGUUCAAAUAUUGGAUGACAAAAUGGAUAUCACCUCAAGCAUGUCUGCUAAUUACGUUGGGAAGAAAGUUAGUCCUUCAUCAUCUGAGACCAAAUCUCUAAUGUUAAUAUUCAACGGCCUGUACUUCCGUGGUUCGUGGAAGCAGCCUUUCGAUAUCGUGGAGCCGGGUGUAUUCUAUAAAUCUAGUACAGAGAAGAAACAAGUUCCUAUGAUGAAGGGAAGAGGUGUAUAUAGAACUGCAUCUUUACCCAGUCUUGACAGUGAAGCUAUACAAUUACCGUACGAUGGCGGACGUUACGUAUUGUUGAUAGUAGUGCCAAGGUCUCGUGAUGGUCUCACUCGUCUCAUAGCUGACCUGCCUUCUACUCCUGUUGCGGACAUUGAGGACAGUCUGCGGGAAGAAGAACUCCAAGUCUCCUUACCGACAUUCUUCGUGGAAACCACCACUAAACCAAUUGCUGCUUUGGCUAAGUUUGGAGUGAGCAGCAUCUUCAGUCGUACGCGUGCAGAAUUGACUGGCGUCUCCGAGAUGGAAGGUCUAUUUGUACAGGAGUUGGUGCAGUUCGUAGCCAUCAGAGUUGAGAAUAAUGAUGCAUCUGCUUCUCAAUUAUCAGCUGCGAAUCCUGCUGGCGAGUCUCUCAAGAAUCUACCACUAACUCAGUUGAAGCCAGUCCGUCGUCUUAACGUCGAACAUCCCUUCAUAUUCUUCAUUAUGGAUUAUCUGGACAAUUUGAUCGUAGCCAGCGGCAAGGUCGUCGACCCUCAACAGCACAAACCGUUGGAAAUUUAAAUUCAGAAUAUGAAAAUUGCUGAAUCGAACACAUUUCUUGUCAAAACUUCAUUUUAUGAUUCCAUUUUUAAAUUCAUUCUGAUGUCAUUUUAUAUUAUUCUCAACUGCCAGUUUUUUUUUGUUUCAAUUUAAAGUUCUUGAAUUUUCUUUUGAAACCUAUUUUGAUGUGAAAUUAACUAAAAUGUAGCAAAUAUACGGAACUUUACUACUCAAUAAAACCAGAAGCAUUUGAUAACGAAAAAGUACACAGCCUAGGUAAGUUAGAAUGUAAUAAUAUAGUUAAGUAGAUGUUAUUUAUUUAAUUUAGUAUGGAAGAUGUGAUUUUACUAAUAAAUUAUU